AUGAUGGGUAAUCAAUAUCAUGUUAAAAAUGUGAUAUUUAGUUUUUAAAUUGCAUACAAUAAUCUUACAUAUGUUUAUCAUGUCCAUAAACAAGAAAAAUAGAAACAAAUUGUAAAUGUCAAUAAGGAUACUAUGAAGUUGGGUUAUAGGUUUGUUUAGAAUAAUUCAAAUUGUAUGACAUGUUUAAACACAUCAAAUAAUUGUACAUCAUGUGAUUCUAACUAAUUUAGAGAAAUUAACUUAAAAACAAGAACUUGUGAUUGAUAAGUAGGAUUUAUUGAAGUUGAUGGAACAUGUUAAUAAUGUAAUCAGAAGUGUUAAACAAGUGCAUUAUUCAAUUAUGAAUGUACUUCUUGCAUUAAAUAUCGAUACUUAAAAGAUAAAGAUUGUGUUUGUAUUUAUGAAAUGUAUGAAUCAUAUAAAGAUAAAUCAUGUAUAUUAUGCAGUAAGAUAUAUUUAACCUGUGUUAAUUAAAGUGAUUACUGUUUAACAUGUUCAAUAGCCAAUUUUAGACAAUUUAAAACUGCAAAUACUUGUGAAUGCAUACAAGGAUAUCAGGAAAAUCCAAUCAAUUUGAAUUGUGAACAAUGUGCAAAUUCCUGUUUGACUUGGUCUUUAUUAUAUGAUAAUUGCUUAACUUGCAAUACUAGUCUUAAUUUAUUUUUAGUUAACAAAAGAUGUCUAUGUAGCAAUCGUAUUAUUUUGAUUCAUUAAAUAAUUCUUGCUAAUGUAUUCAUACAAUUACAUAAUAGACUAAUAUAGUCCAAUUUUAAAUAAACACUAUUUAGAUUCAUCAUCAAAAUAUCGGGUUGUCAAUAGGCAAGAAGCAAUUAAGUAUGAAAAAAUUAAUAAAAUUGUUCAAGUAAUAAUAUAUUUAACAUAAUGCAAUUUGUGAAAAUACAAAUAAAUAUUGUAUAACUAGUGCAAAUGAAUUUAAAAGAUAGUUUAGAGCAAAUAAUUGCUUGUGCAUCCAUGCUAAUAUGAAGCUGGAAUUGAAAUGUGUUAAAAAUACAUUAAUCUUUGCCAAACAUGUUAAUCUUCUGCCUCGAAUUGUUUAUCCUGCUAUGAAAUUGAACAUAAUCGUUUUUAUUGAGAAAAUAAAUGUUUAUGUUAGCCUGGGUAUUUUGAAUAAAAUACAGAUAUCUGUUCUAGUAAAAGAAAUUAAACAAUAAAAUAGAAUGCUCUAAUAAAUGUUUAAUCUGCAAAGGUCAGGCAAAUCUCUGUAUAGUUACCUUCUUAAUAUCGAUUUAUGUAUGA